CACUAAUUUGACAUAAUGGAUAUAAACCAAACAAGCCAAACGAGAAAUCCGUCAUCAUCCCAACGAAACGUGGUCGAUUUUGGUGCCACCAUCCUCCUUUUCCUAUUGAUAAUAACGUGGUUUGGCAUAGGAAUGUUUGCCCACCUAAUUGGAAACAUCAAAAGCCUCUUACACCCAAAAGACUCAUUUGGUCGAAGCUGCGGCCUGGACUAUCUCGUUGAGAAGAAACCAUUUUUACAAUAUUUCGACGUGACUAAUUGCGAUGAUGCUGGAAUACCAUUUGGCGGGUGUGAUUCUAAACGAGCUUGUGUUGUAGAAUGUCCCAAAAAGGUAUUCUUAUCUUCCAAAAUGGGUGGGGAUAGUGAGUUGAUUUGUCUCAGAGGUCCAGAGUACUUGAAUAGUAGUACUGAUUGUGCUCAGUGGUAUUUGCCUAGUGCACCAUACCAAGGCAGAUGUGUUCCUAACAGUGUUCCAGAUGAAGACACUUUAAAAGAAAUCUCCGUAUUGGAGAACAGGAAAGUAGAUGCUAAGACUAUAAAGAGGUCUAUAAAGAAUAUAAAGAUAAUAUCAGAAGUUUCGCAUGGUACCAAGCUGUUUAUGAGUGAAAUCCUAAAAUAUUACUGGAAAAUACUUUUAGCUGCCUUUUUAAUACUGUUAACAAGUUUUGCAUGGUUUUUUGUUUUCAUACAAUUCACCAGGCAUAUUUUUUUAUUUUCCUUGAUAGUGGUCCCUUGUUGUAUAACAUACUUUCUACUGCACGCUUAUAGAAAAUAUUUUUUCUAUAAAAACACUCAUAAUAGCAAUCAAGAAAUAGCUAACUUUAAAAAAUAUGCUUGGUUAGGCACAGCUAUUUUGUGUACUGUAGCAGCAUUCUUCCUAUUUUUUAUGACGUGCUUUUGGGUCAGUGAGACUUUUAAGGGGGUAAAUCUUAUUAAAAUAUUUAAUAGUAAAAUGAAGUAUGCAUCUAUUUUGGUAAUCAUUUCCUGGGUUCAACACGUGUUAAUAUUUACAUUUUUUAUAUCAACUUUUGUCCAUUUAGGUAAUAUCUAUGAAAAUACUUCUUAUAAUGUUACAGCUGAUGAUAAAUGUAAAGAAGUUCUUAAAAACCAUAAUAUAGAUUUAGUAGCUUUUGCGUGUGAUCCAGAAUAUUUUACACUAAGGAAUAAAUUAAAUUGCAACAAUGUUUUUUGUCACAUAACACCACUUAAAGCAAAGCAGUAUUUGUUUCUUCAGCUUUAUAAUGCCUUAAUGUAUAUUUUUAUGAGCUUUUUUAUAUUAUCUAUACAACAAAUGACUAUUGGGCUAACACUUUCUUAUCCAGUUAGUAUUAAGUUCUUGUUUAGUAGCUUAGGCAUAGUAUAUCGUUAUCACAUGGGAACAGCACUUAUUGGAGCAAUAUUAAUAGCCUUAUAUAAAUAUCUUUGCCUUAAAUUAAUAUUAAUUUGGACAGCAAGAAAGAGCAAAGCUUCAAAAGCCAUAAGUAGAUUAAGCUGUUGUAUCUUAUAUUGGAGAUUCAAUGAAAAAAUUUAUAACGUUAUUGAUACGGGUGUUUUAAACAUUUGUGUAAUUUUUAAUAAAAGUUUCCUUAAGGGAUCAAGACUUUAUAGAAAAGUCGCUAACCCUGAAUCUCUCAAAAGGGUUAAAAAUAUAGGGUCGAUUUAUUAUAUUUUAUUUUAUCAGAAAUUAAUGAUAACCUUUAUUUGUACAGGUGUAUGUUAUUUAUUAAUUUACUUCCUUAAAUCCGAUACUCCAAUAGCUUAUUCUUUUUUAGUAGUAUUAUUUACUUUAUAUUUUUCGUAUGUUACUUGCUCUCUUAUAUUUGGAGUGUACACCAUGAAGUUAGAUGCCUAUUUAAUUUAUAUUUUAAUUAGUUUUAGUCAGGGGGAAUAUGAUUUGGAGAAUAUGCCUAGUUCUAGUUUACCUAAUUUACUAUUAGAGCAAUAAAUGUUAAGUUAUGUUUCUUUA